AUGGUAAUGGAGUGGCUCACUGGCACCUCAACAUGCGUCCUCUUUAUAUACUACCGCUUUUUGCUGCCAAGGAUCUCACAGACCUACAACGCUAGCCAUGCACUCCGCGCACAUCAAUCCGGCCUCAUGCUUCGUCUUAAUGAGUCCCUCGUAGGAUUCAAGGAGAAACAGGUGGGAUGUUUCGCUAUCCUACCAAAGCCCGUGAUAUAUAAAGAGGAACCGGAAUACGCAGACUGCCAUUUGCUAGAUGACAUUCUUGCAUGUCGCCGCAAGGCCGACAUUGACGACGAGGAUGCCAGUGACACCUCGAAUGUCUCGAUUUUGCGUUCUGCUAUUGAGGAACUGAGUCGUUCAAAGGAAGGCACAGAGAGAAUAGCCACAAGUGAUUUAUUCAGCCAUCUCGAAGACAAGCUUCCAUGGUUGAAGGGAGAACAAGGUGCUAAGUGUCAGAAUGACCUCUGGCAAACACUCAAUGAAUCCCCUCUGUUCACUUCCACCUCGCCAAAAUCUUCGUCUUCUUCGUCUACCCCCGAGCAUUCCUCUCGCAUCCUCUGGACAUAUGUUCCUCCUCCAGUAUCCCCUCCUCCGCCCAUGAUGCUCGCUCUCGACACUCUGCAAGCUGCACUUCUACGUAACGCACCAACCGCUCCGCUCUCCAAAAUUGAAACAGCGCCGCUUCGCCCUGCACAGCGAACCCUUCAAGCGCUCACAGAUUUCACCGGGUACAUCACCACUCGAACAUAUUCAUUCGGGUUAAAUAUGCGCGGCAUCAACGGGUCACCUACGACGGGCAGUGCUGACGUAGAUGAAAUACGCCGCGAGAUACGCGCACUGAAAGGUCUAGUUCUCAAUAGACGGCCGUUUUUACCCAAUGUCGGGCUACCGCGCACUUCAAGUGAGCCAUCGAAACUUGCUGGCGUACGAAUUGUCGCAUCUCUGUACAGACAAUGUGCUAGUUCUAUACAUGUCACGCACCUCUAG